GGCAUAUCAAAGGAAGACGCCCCGGAAAAAUUUGUGUUGUUAACACGUUCCUUACGCUCAAUCAAUCCCAACAAAAAUGCCAAACGAAUAGCCGUAAAAUCGGUCAAGAUGAGCAAUAACAGUACGACACGCUCAACGGGUUAUGAAUGGGUCACCAAUGCCGAAGGUAACGUAAUUGCAACAAUAAUUCCCGGAAAUAAUCGCAAAUUAGCAGGAUGGAUCCAACAAACUUGGACGACUCGCGAGAUUUCAUCUUCUGGCGGGUGGAGCCAGACGUCAUUGGAGAUGUUUGGCGCUGAUGGCCAGUUAGUUCAAAAGAAAACCGAGAACAAUUCUGCCGAACCAUCAAAGACUCCCGAUAAAAGCAUCUUGUGGGACCGCAACGGGCGGAUUGUCAGCGACUUCUCACCAUAUGAUUUAACCGACCAAUUGACCUCUUACUAUGGAUUCGAAUCAUAUGAAAUGAAUAAUUCCAGUUCUCCAUUUCGGUGGCGAUUUUCGGAAUCGAAUGUAUUGAAGGGGGGUUUCGCACUGACUGGAGAGAAUUACUUGCGAUUAAACGCUAGCCAUCCGCUACUGGAAGGAGUUUUCACUCCAGCUGAUCAAGACCUUACUUAUGUUGCGUCUUGCUGGAUUCGCCCAUCCAACGGAAUCGAUUAUUUCGUCAGUACCACCGAGCAAAGUCAAGUCACGCCUUACUUGAAAGCAAUAAUUAGUGUCAAUGAGACGGGAGAAGAAAUUGUGGGACUGCUGGGUCGAAUCAUACGCUCGGUUGGUGAUUGGGCUUACCUUGAAGUGUUGAUCAAUUUCAACUUUGUCAAGCGUCUCUAUGCGGAAAGUCAACUGGCAAGUAAAAAAGAAAAGACGCCCCAGUUCACCAUUAAAUUAACUGUCGAUGCUGACCAGCAUUCUGACGGCCAUACAGCUGUUCUGGAUGUCGAUCACGUCCGAUUUUCACCUGUUUUGCACGAUUUCAAAGCAACAGUCUUCAAUUCUGAUAAUGGAAGGCCGGUUUCUGUUAUCGGCUCCAGCGGAUCCAUCAGCCGAACCAUCUACUAUCGUGACCGUGAAAUGGCUGUUGUAACGGACGUGACUGUCAACGGCCAACAGCAGGUGGAGCAAGUGGCAACAUCAAGUUACACCGGUCGUUUAAUCCCCACACCAAAUGGAUCGCCGUCAAUCGUCAACGGAGCUAAACGGAGUCGCACCGUUUUCUAUCCGGAGAAUGGCGGACUGUACGAAAUUUUCGACGCUUACGCUUGGAAGAACCGCUGGAAUGAUUCGACAAAUAAUUUAUCGGUCUGGACGACAGCUCCGGCUCGACUGUGGCACAAUCAUCAACAAUCUCACCAACUCGUCAGUGUUGAUCCUUCCACUCUAUUUGGUGCGGAAUCGUCGUCGGCAGCUAUCCGCUGUUAUUAUUCGCUGAUUUCUCCCACCGCAUCCAUGACUUGGAAAAUGGCAGGUGGACAAGUUCGAUUGGCCCGAAAAUCCGAGAAGACAUCCAGCACCUUGACGUUUCAAGUCCAGCCGGACACACCCCACACCAACGUGACCGACUUACCUAAUAGCGGUGAAAUUAUAAUGAUGACCGAAGGAGGUCGUUUCUUCAUCUGGAUCGACAGUGUCCUUCUUCUAGACCGUCUAGUUGCUUCUUUAUCCGCUAAAAAUCCUUGGACUUUUUUCGCUUUUGAGGCUCAAGGAAACACCUUCGUCGAGGAUUGCAUUUUCAUGGGAAAUCCACGAACCGAGAUGGAAUACAUGAACGAAUGGGGAGAGAAGAUGCAAACCAUUCAGCUGGAGUCGGAUAGAUCCGUUCUUGUGUCGCAGACCCUUUACGACGAGCUCGGUCGAGAGGGAAUCAUUACCAAACUAACAAGAGUCAGCGUAGAUGAAGCAAAGCCACUGCUGACUUACUACUCGGAUUUCGUCAGUGGACCCAUUGAUCCAGAGAAUUCCCUUUCAGUAUGGAAGACCCAUCGCCUGCGAGGGAUGGUGGACCGUUUAAAUCCGCUCGACAAAGGAGUCCCUUACUUUCGCACCGAAUAUGAAGCUAAUCCGCUGAAUGAAAAACGAGUGGAAGGGCAGCCUGGUCCGGAUUUCACCGUCAACGGUUCGUACGCCAAGAAAUUUGGAACAUCGGCCGGCGGAAGGGAUGAAAUCGCCGUUAUCGACAAUCAUUUCCCGACGAGUAAAGGCUUCCGGCAUAAAAUGGAAGAAAUGCCAAAUGGAACUAAAAGAGUGGCUGUCCUGGAUCAACAAGAAAACAGAGUGGCCCUUUACAUCUACGUGCUCGGCCAUGAUCAUUUGCUUAGCACUUAUGAAUACGAUUCCAAGAACCGGCUCAUCAAAAUCCUUCCACCGAUCUAUCACGAACGUGCUGACACUUUUAUGAAGUCCAAACCGUUGUGGCCUGUGACGAAAACAAAACUUUCGUCUGAAGAGAUUCAUUUGCAGAAAACUCUGGGUACCUUUAUGACCUAUAACGACGAUACUGGGCUACUUAUUCACAAGACGACCCCAGACACUGGACACUUUGAGUAUUAUUAUAACCGAGAUGGCCUACUCCGUCUGCAAGUUCAUUCCGUUUCAGAAGAAUCCAACGAAAUUGAUAGCGUCGUAUUUUACGAGUACGAUGACAACGGACGAGCAGUCGCUCGUACGGGAUUUUUGGAACAAAUGCCCAUGUCUCGCGAAAAAUUCAAAAAUUCCCUAGCUGAAGGAUCGCUGGCCAACGCCAAUUUUUACCAGUUAAUCGAUCGAACCGAAGCGGAAGAACGGCACUAUGAUCCGUCGCUGUUGAGAGGUGAACGUAACGCCACCUUUGUGACUCAUAACUUUGACGACAACGUUUUAGUGGAAGAGAUGCGCUGGGACAGCCAAGACCGCUUAAUCGAAUCUAAACAACUUGUUUCCUUUGAUCAGCCUGACACAGAAAUCAGGAAGACGUACUACUCUCACAGUAACCGACUGCGAUCAAUUCAAUAUCCGUCAGUCAGUGGCGAAAAUAAUCUGGCCAUCAAACUGGAACAUCGUUACAAUAAACUGGGGAAGCUGAUUGCAUUGAGUUUGGAUGGCCAGUCUGGAGAUAUUGUUCGGUUCAACUACCAUGGAAGUGGGCAAUUGGCCAGUGAACACGUUUUCCCUGGAAGCCAACACAGUUUCAAUCGAACUUUUAAUUACAAUUCGCCUGGCUUCUUAGAACAGAUAUCCGAUCCUUUCCUAACCGAAUUGGUGUCAUACACGGACGGUGGAUACGGUCAAGGUGGAACCGGUGACGGAAUUGUUAUGCGGACGGCAUUCAACGCUACGUGGCCCCCUAACGCCGACUGGCGUUGGUUCCAAUUGACAAAUCAUUCAAAGCUAAUGUUAGAGUCAAACUCUUCGGCUCAAUUGUGCUUUAAGGCUCUCAAACGCAACGGCUAUUUGACUAAGACUGGUCGUCCUCUAAAAGAUUAUCACUUCGCAAUUAGCGAUGGCAAGACUUGGAUGCCGCUGGUGUGCGGAGGACCGAAUGGCCAACAGAUGGCUCGAAUAUUGGCUCAAAAGCGGAUGCCUAGGAUUUACGGGCACAGUUAUGCUUACGGAAACCACCGGGAGCUUGUUAAAGCCAAAUAUUUUACAGAUGAGACGGAGAAGUUGGCCGUUCCAUUCCAGCCGGACACGCUUUCCCGUCAAACGGCCUUAAACAAGCAACAAUCGCGCGACGUUUGGAAGCAACUGGAUGACGCUGGAUUCAUUGUGUCUGAUCAAAGGAAAUCCGACUGGUUGACGGCCGUGGCCAAUCCCGGGAAAUCUUUCACCCGCAGUGACGAUUUAAAGACUCUACUUGCGGCUGUCACGGGCACUCAAGAAGACGUCAAACUUUACCGGAAUCUCAUAGAAAAGAUGAUUUUGAAAGAAAUUGGACAACGACGGAAUAAAUUAUCAACACUGGACGAAUUUCAGAAAAUAUUCCUGCAAUGGAGUGGCUUUGACGACGGAAUGCCGUUUGCCGAUUCUGAAAAAUUGAGGCGGGUGGCCGAAAAAGUCCACCAGGUAAUGGGAAAAGCCAAAGACACCACGGAUUGGCUGGAUGUCAAGUUGAGGCAAAUAUUCAACGCGCCUCAGUAUUCGAAAUAUUUGGCUGAUUUCAUCCGCAUCCUUGACCAACAUUUCACUUACGCGCUGGGCGAACAUCCAUUUGACGUGGCCUCGUUUGAUAUCGACGCAAAUGGGAACCACAAGAAAUUCUACACGGGUUUUCAUCGCUACGAAUUUUCAUACGAUGACGACAAAGCUAAUCGAAUCCGUUCCAUUAAAGUGGAAGAAAUCGGAAAACUGGAUGUCAAUACUGCAACGGAUAAAACGAUGCUUCACGAUACCCGUGGAAACGUCAUCCAAGCGCUUCACAAAGGCAUCGAACGGAUAGAAUACAACGACGCAUCAAUGCGGACGACGGCCAUUCACCUGACGGACGGGAGGACAGUUCGUUUCGCCUACGACGCCCAUGGUGAAAGAAUUCUCAAACGAGUGAUGGCCAAGGAUGGCCAUUUAAUCCACGAGGCGCAUUAUGCCCGUGACACAGAAGGUAAAGUCCUUUUCGAUCGACGAACUACUUAUUCCUCGACGAGUUCAUCGUUACUUCCGGAACUGAAAGACGCAGCGGCUGUUGUCGUGUCCACGUCUUACAUCUACGGCCCUCGCGGACUCCUCGGCUUCGUCCGCAACGGCGCAUUCCACAGCGUGUGGACCGAUCACUCCGGCUCCAUCCGGUUGGUCUUACGAGAUGGCCAAGUGGUGGCCGCUUACGAUUAUCUUCCUUACGGCCAAUUAAUGCGCUCCUACGGAAAUGAUCCGGCGGCUGAAAUUUUCUAUCGUUACACCGGGCAAGAAUGGGAUGGAGAAACGGGACUUUACAACUACCACGCCCGAUUUUACGAUCCGGAUAUUGGACGGUUCUAUCAGCCGGAUCCUCGCGAACAAUACUUCAGUCCGUACAAGUACGUGGGCAAUUCGCCCGUCUCACUAGUAGAUCCCGAUGGAGAAUUUGGUCUUUUAAUAGGACUAUUAAUUGGUUUGUUUGCGGUUGGCGGUGCUUACUUGGGAGGAGCUGCAGCCAACAAUAACUGGAAUCCGGGCAAGUGGAAUUGGAAGAGUGGCAAAACUUGGGCCGGCAUAAUAGGAGGAGGAAUAGGUGGGGCCAUGAUACCCAUAGGAGCUGUUGCAGCAACUGCCGCUAUAGGGAUCCAUGCAACCGUCGCGGUCGGUUUUGGAACCGCUUACGUCUCUGCGGCUGCAGCCAACAAUAAUGCGGACUUUACCAAGUGGAAGUGGGAUGAGCCGGGCACUUAUAACGCACUUUUCCAGGGUAUCAGCACCGGAAUGGGCAUCGUUGGAGGCGGUGCAGUGGCUCACCAAUUCGCCAAUACAUUUGGGAAGCUCGGCAAAUUUUCGAUUUUAAGAGGAACUUAUACUACAGCUGCUGGCUUUGCCUACGGUAAGGCAGUAUCGGCCAAUAACGGAGAAUUUGCACCUUGGAAAUGGGACUGGACCAACCUGAAUACCCUCAACGCCUUACUAGAAGGUGUCGACAGUGGAAUCGGUUUACCUACUGAUUUAACUCAAAUGGGUCACGGAAUAUUAAAAUUGGCUAAAAACAGUCCUAAACAGUUAUCGUCCCUUCUUCCUAUGCUGAAAAAAUUCAAAUUGAAGCAACUGAAACCUUUGCUUAAAAGUAUUGCUAAAGGACUUACAGGCAAAGUAGCCGCUGCAGCUGUCACCGCCUAUUUGAUGACCAGUAUGGCCAAUGAGAAUUUUGAUCCUAGCGGAUGGGAUGCCAAUUCAUUUGCUACUUACGAAGGAUUCUUGAACGGCCUGACUUUUGGCACAAGCGCUCGCAACAUGCUGAAAGCGGGAAACAAACAAUUCCGUCAUUUAAAAGCUAAAGCAAAUAAUGCGCUGAAAGUGAAACUACCAAAAUUGGUGACUAAAAUGCGAUUCGACAUGGGACGGGCGUUUGAUAAUAUCCGAUCGGGAAAAAUUCAACGUUGGAUCAAACAUAAUCUUUUUCAGUUAAAAACGACCCGCAAAUUGCUCCUCUCCAAAGACGGACUUCAAUUUUCGAUCAAUAAGAUAUCGGGUAACAAACUGUUGGAACUGCCAGACGCUCAGAAAGUAGCGUUGCAUCGACUGGAGACUUUGGAAGAUACCAAGAAUCGAAUGAGAAACCGGGAGAACGAAGCGUUUGCAGACAGGGAGAUGGGGUCGUUUGGAUGUCGCCCGGGACUUAGAAAACGUCGCAUGAAACGAGGAAACUCGAAUUCCAAAUGUCCCAUAGCCUUUUCUGACACUGAACUGCAAGCGCAGUUGAAUAAAGAUCCUGUCAGUGUGCUGAAAAAUUCACCAAUUUCCACAAGGAAACUCGUAAACCCAAAACAAUUGUUUAGAGGAUUUCAGAAUGGGGGUACAUACAAAUUCGAACUUUAUCCUGAAAACGGUCAAGCAAGUUACAGUUUGAUAGCCAAGCCAAUAUCAUUAAACGAUCCUACUUCAGUUCAGGGCUAUUGGCUGAACACGAACGAAAAGAUUCAGAUCGACCCAUUUGGUGAAACACGUUUCAUUUUCACUCAAGAAUUGCAGAGUUGUUCCAUAUAUGUCAAGUACGAUUAUGAUUUUAUAGGAAAAGACAGAAAACAUGAGCCAAAAAUGACGGUAUUUCAUCACAAUCGUGACAGCCAAUUUGGAAUUUACUUGGAAGAGGGCCAUUACCAAAAUGAUAGAUUGGAUAAAAUCAUUGAACUGGAUGGUGCCUUGGAAUUGUUCGACAAAAGUGGAAAUGUUUUACAUCCAAAAGAUGGUGCAAUCGUUCCCUUGGAAAAUAUAUACCGGAAGGAUCAUAAUGGCAAUUUUGAGGAAAUUAAAGAGAUAAAUAAAGAACCAAUACAAGACAUAAUAAAGAAAAAUCUUAGACUCAAGCAGAUUGAGGAUGAUUUGGCUGCCGAAUACGACACUGUUAUUCGUUACGAGGAUUACUUGGCUUUCACAGGACAUCACAACAAUGUAAUGCAUUCCAAGGGUCUGCCGAUCACUUUCAGCACACCUAUUCUCUAUAGAGACAUUACUGAUGGCCAGUGGUAUUUUGCGUCCAAAAAGAAUUCCUUCUCAAACAUGCUGGAUAAUGAAGCGAAGUUCCUCCCUAAACUAUGGAACGAUGCGUACAUUCAAUUCAAGGAAUUGAAAUCAGAAAACAAUAAAGGAAACCUGAACAGCAUUCUGGAUUUCCGUCGCUUGUAUGAAUUUGGCAAAGAAAAGGUCGAUUUAUAUAUUCGGAAACUGGAUACGAUUCCGCUUUCUCAAGAAGAAGCUGUUUCACUUGGAUCGAAGAAAUUUCCAAACAGACAACAAUUUAAAGACUACGUGCAAUCUCUAAAGUCAGCCAGUAGCAGUGAAAGUAAAUUACAACCAGCGCGACGAAGCCGAUGGUCAGAACAGAUCGGCGUUCGUGAUGUGGAGCGUGCUCAAAACAAGCGAGACCGUCGUUCCGUCUUAUUACUGGAUACGAGAAAUACAACUCAUCCACUCCAAUGCCAAUCAACAAAAGAAGAAACUUAUCUGAAUGAAAACACUCUUAAUUAUUCAUACCCAACAUCAGCCCCUUAUUUGGUCUCCAGCGCAUCUCGACCUGCCAGUUGGAUCGAUUUAAUUUCGUCUAUUACUGUUAGUCGUCAAUUAAUCGCAACUAUCGCCUCGCUUGAUUCCAUAUUCGAUUUCGUCACAGUGUCUCUGCGGCUGCCUGAUGUUCCUAUCGAAAGCAUUCGUCCAAAUCAAUUCCCACAGAAUCACGAGGCUGUCGAUCUAUUACCUCAACUGGACGACGUUUCUCAAACUGAUUACCGCGACGUUUCAAUCGGUAAUUGUUACUCCUAUUCUACAAAUGCUAUAACCUGUUAUGGACAUCAUGGACAAACGAUGGUGUUUACCCAAUCACCUUCGGUCGACAUUAGUCCUCCUCCGUUGAAACAGGAUAAAGACACAUUCCACGAUUGCCGACCGAUAGAGUGGCACGGCCAGCCAUCAGUGACUUGUCUUGGUGAUGAAACCACUUUCAUUCACAGCCCGUAUAACAGAAAUUCAGUAGCUGAAAAAUUUGUCGUCGCCGUUGAUAGCUGGUUGAUUUUAGCUUACGCAGCACCAGGAAUUUACAGAGAGAUUUCAAAAAUGGCUUGUCACGUCAAAAAUGUUAUUUGGACGGGUUCAGUCUGUAAAAUCCCUGUUCCUAUAAACGACGAGGAUAAACAAUUGUGGAAGAUGCAACUGGAUAAACUGGAGGAAAUCGUACGAGUCCAACUUCAGUCAAAUCACCAGGUGGAUUGGGCGUUUCCGUUGAUUAUAGAACUUCAAGAGCAGAUUAGUUCUCUAAGUAGCAAAACGAUAGCCGAAACGAUGGAUGAUGUAAGAGCGUUAAAAACUAUGACUGAAAGACUUUCGGCACUCAUAGAAGAUAUUGAAGAAAUGACGCAUUUAGGUCCAACAGAGCACGACGAAGAGGACGGUGACAUAAUUUUCUACGACUGUUUUGAAGAUGAUUGUUCAGUUGAAAAGGAGACUACGAACGGAUACAUUAAAAACGCUGAAUCAAUUUCAGCUCAAUUACAUCAUUUUACGCGUUCUAUGUCUGCAUGCGCAAUUUAACAAACGAUGUUCUUUCAAGUGUUUAAAAAAAAAAGAUGUAAGAAACUUCAAUAUUCAGAGAAUUUAACAACCGGAAACAAAAUAAAUCCCAAUAAAUUAAAAGGAUUGCGCCACCAGUUGCGUUUCUUUUUUUUAUAAUAAAGAACCGAUAUUUAAGUUUGAUCCUACCUUGAUUGGAGUGAACUAGGCGACUUGAAGUAGAAUGGAGUGAACGGGGCGUGACGUCAUCAUCGCGAUGUGGUUCGUGAGUUGGCAUUUCAGUAGAAAAAUGAAGGAAUGACGUUCUCGUGAAUACAUCCACACUCGCAUGAACGUACACGAAGGACGUCGAGGUAAAGGAGAAACCCAAUGGAAGAAGAUGCAUUUCACAUUAUUCAGCAGCAAACGCUCCAUUCAAAAAUUCAAACUAAUGAAAAAUAAUAAGACGAAAUAAGACGGUUUGAUUACACAAUUGUGUGGAAUCGAAAUAGAAAAAAAAGACAAUCGGAAAUACGGUGAUAAUGGUAAUAAAAUAUUUAUCAUCUUAAAGAGAAAUACACCUCGCAGAUUAUCGACGACACUGUUGAUGUUGAUGAUAUCCAGAAGGAAAUGCACAGAUGUCCUGCUACUAUUGUACACUGUCCCACUACUAUAUACAACUGUUCACACUCACGACGCAAUCAAAACUAAACUGAGACAAAAGUAAAAACAAGGGGCGUUAUUGGUCUGGGCUAUUCAGUUUUCAUAAAAUACCAAAAUACUUUUUUUUUUAAAUCUCUCUUCGUCACCUUCUAUUUCAUCUCAAACAAAAAAUUGACAUAAAUGCCGGGGAGAGUUAAGAAAACUUCGAAGGUUAAGUUAAAGGUUACUUUUGCAAGUUUUGUAAGUUACUGUGCAAAGAAUUUAACGAAUGAAUGUUGGUCAUUAAAUAUUAUUUUAUUAUUUUAAUAAAAUUUCAUUGUUUUCAACGCACUUUUGUUCUGUCAGAUGGAUUCGCAUUCAAACCCACAAGGGAAAUGAUUUGUUUGAAUUAUUUUAAGAAGAGCAAAAAAUGAAUAUCAAGAUGUUCGCUUUUUUUAGUUUAUUUGCAACAAGGUGCACGAGUACUAAAAAGUUUCCACAUUGAUUUCACAAUUGGGAAGCUUGACAUUGUGACAUGCACAGGCUGAAAGACGACGAAUUGGCAGAGCUUCUCAUAAGAUCGGGAGCGAAUUUGAACUCGACCGACUUCUAUGGGCACACCCCACUAUGGGUGGCCACAAAAAGAGAAAGGCCAUUGCUCGUCGCCAAGUUGUUGGCUGCUGGCUCGCGCGUCGGCUCCGUCGAUGACUAUCCGUGGAGUCAAUGUCCUUUAUAUCUGGCGACGAAAUAUCUUGGAUAUAGAGGGCGGCAUCAGUUGGCCAUGUUCCUGAUGGCUGCCGGUGCCGAUCCAACGCGAAUGGAUUCCAAGGGGAGAAGUGCCAUUUAUUGGAGUUUGAGAAACAGAGAUCACGACCUGUUUGCUUUCAUGAUUGAUUCGUUCAAUCCUCGUUGUUGGGAUUCCAUGCUUAAGAAACGGGUGGAAGAAUUAAUUGGGGAAUUGCCGGAAACUCAUUUGAAGACACUUCAGAAUCAGUUGUAUAAUCCGCCGAGUUUGGCCAAGCUUGGCGGGUUGGCAUACUUUUCGGGUUGUUAGAUAUUGCUCUACUAAUUGAGGUACAAGACAUUUGACUCGCCUAAAUAUUUUAUUUCGUUAAUUUUUAUUACAUCAUUUUGCAGAGCU